AUUGUCCUCAGGAUAGAGAGUGUGAUCAAUCAAGAAAAGUUGCACUUUUGUUGCAAAAGGGAAAUAUCAAUGCUGCCCAGCGACUCCUAUCAGAUGAGGACAACUGUGGUUUGCUAGAACUAGACGAAUGUAUUCCUGGCUCUCACAAGUCAGUUAGAGAUGUUCUGAAAGACAAACACCCUGACCCAGCUCCUAUGUUUAAGGAAGCUGUCCUGGACUCCAAAUCUCAGGCACCUCCUACACAUCCCAUUCUCUUCGACAAGAUUGAUGGCUAUCUCAUUCGUGCCAUGUCACUUAAAUGCCAGGGUGCUGCAGGUCCAUCAGGCUUAGAUGCGGCUGCAUGGAGGCGUUUGUGCACUGGAUUCAAAGUCUUGUCUAGAAAUCUCUGUGACUCAAUAGCUUCAACAACUCGCAGGAUUGCAACGCAGUUUAUCGACCCGAGUGGGAUUUCGGCUCUGGUUGCUUGCCGGCUAAUACCCCUGGACAAGAGACCUGGUGUCAGACCAAUUGGAGUUUGUGAAACACUUCGUAGAAUAAUUAGCAAGGCUGUCCUGAGUGUGGUAAAGUCAGAUAUUUUGAACGUAGCCGGACCCUUACAACUCUGUGCUGGUCAGAACGUCGGAUGCGAGGCUGCCAUACACGCUAUUCGAGGUAUUUAUGAUGAAGAUGAAACAGAGGCCGUGCUAUUUGUAGACGCAACCAAUGCUUUCAAUACUUUGAACCGUCAAGUUGCUCUGGCUAACAUAUCUGUCAACUGCCCAGCCAUCUUUCCAAUCUUGGCCAACACGUAUCGACAACCUUCUUCAUUGUUUGUAGGUGGAGAAACGUUGCUUUCUAGUGAAGGAACAACUCAAGGAGAUCCCUUAGCGAUGCCAAUGUAUGCUCUGGCCACAAUUCCACUUCUAAAGAGUGUGCAGACGAAUGGUACAAAGCAGGUAUGGUAUGCAGAUGAUGCAGCUGCUGGAGGCUCGCUAGACUCUGUCUACAUAAAUGGUGGAACAGGUUGGUUGACUUAG